CUCGACAUGGUUUCCAGAAAAGAAUCAACGCAUGAACCACCCAAUAAGAGGAGGAAAAGCUCUCAUUGUGACGUCUCGCCCGAAAACACGCCCAAGAAAACUCUUUUAGAGGCACUGAAGGGAGUGGAAAACGAGAUUAAGAAACUUGGAGAUGAUGCACUUCGAAAGCGAUUGGAAAACUUGCGUGGACAAGUUCAAGAUCUUUUGGAAGAUCAGGAAAUACAAAAUAAAAAACUUUGGGACGAAAUAAAUAGUUUAAAGAAGGAAGUGGAAAGCCAGAAAACCAAAAAUGAAAAGUUACAAAAGGAACUCGCUGUAGUCGAGGCAACGUGGUUGUGGGAAGCACAUUUGGCAAGAUUUGUAGUCGACUCUUCAAAGAAGAUCCAUAAAAGUGGCAAGUUUAGUCAAAUGGAAAACUACCUGAUGGGAUUAAAAAACCCGAUGGGCAAUCGUUGGACUGAAAUACAACGUAAAUUAAACAUUUGGACAGACGAACAUCAGAAAGUAGUAGACACUCUACGAAUUGAGAGAAAUUGCAAAGUACAUCCAUAUUUAAGCGAUCUUGAUCUUGUAGAAUCUGAAAUAGAAACAACGAUGUCUCCAGAAUGGAAAAACGUAAUGAAAGAUAUGUUGGACAUACUUAAGAUGACAACAAGUCUAAUGAAGUUUGGACGACUGGCGAAGUGUUACAAGUGGGGCAGGCGUCGAUCUCCGACUCAAGAAGAGCCCAAAAGAGCUCUGAAUGAGAUAAUUUUGUGGGAUCGUAACUUUGACCAAAUCGAUGGUCUGCAAAAUAUCAAGCACGAGGAUGCAAAAGGCAUUUAG